UUUCCAGGCUUUCAGUGAGCUCUCUGUGUAUUCCUGCCUCUAUUUCAGGAUCUAUGCGGCUUCAACGAUAGCAAAGACGGACCGGUUGUACCUUUAAUAGCCACAGAAAGGCCCAUCUAUUACACACUGGAUCUUUUUUCUACAUGCGACUCCAAUCGGAAUAAAUAAUUGAGGAAUGUGGAAAUUACAGAAUGCCCAACAGCGCUGGAAAGAGAUUUAAACCCACCAAAUACAUCCCAGUAUCCACUGCUGCCACACUCCUUGUGGGGUCCACCACUUUAUUCUUCGUUUUCACGUGCCCCUGGUUGACAAAGGUGAUCUCCCCCGCUGUGCCUCUCUACAAUGGCCUGGUCUUCCUCUUCGUCUUGGCCAACUUCAGCAUGGCAACCUUCAUGGACCCUGGCGUCUACCCCCGAGCGGAUGAGGACGAGGACAAGGACGAUGAUUUCCGAGCGCCACUCUACAAGAACGUGGAGAUCAAGGGCAUUCAGGUCCGGAUGAAGUGGUGCGCCACCUGUCACUUCUACAGGCCGCCUCGCUGCUCGCACUGCAGCGUCUGUGACAACUGUGUGGAGGACUUCGACCACCACUGUCCCUGGGUGAACAACUGCAUUGGACGGAGGAACUACCGCUACUUCUUCCUCUUCCUGCUGUCGUUGAGCAUCCACAUGGUGGGAGUUUUCUCCUUCGGCCUCAUCUUCGUCCACCACCACCGAGAGAGACUGGCAGCCCUGCACACCACUGUCACUCUGGUGGUGAUGUGCAUCGCAGGGCUCUUCUUUAUUCCAGUCGUGGGACUCACAGGUUUCCAUAUGGUGCUCGUUGCUCGAGGUCGAACAACCAACGAACAGGUGACGGGGAAGUUUCGUGGAGGAGUAAAUCCCUUCACCAGGGGUUGCUGUGGCAACGUGGAUUAUGUCUUAUGCAGUCCCCUAGCACCGAGGUACAUGUUGGACCCCAAGAAAAAGCUGCAUGUCAAAAUCCAGCCCCCGUUCAUCCGCCCUGACCUGUCAGAGAGGCAAAUCACCAUCAAGAUCAGCGACAACGGCAUCCACAGCACCAUCAUCAGCUCCAAGUCCAAAACCAGCCUUGACGGCCUGGACGAGAAAGAAACCCAGCCGCCGCUGCCGCCCAAAGCUGACCGGUACAACCAGCUGAAGGGUCAGCUGACCUCCGGCGAAGAUAGUUGUCUUUCUGGAAAGACACAUCCUUCCACUCCAGCCAUGUACAAGUUCAGGCCGUCCUUUGGCACCAUUCCUAAAGUCCACUACCACACUGCUGGAGAGAAGAUUGUGAUGCCAGAUGACCGGAAGACCUCGGCCAUCAUGGAAGAGAGUGUCCGUGGUCACGACUACCGAUCUGAGCCCAACUUGGACCUGCCUGAGUACACCAAUGCUCCGCUCCACCGCACCUUCCAGUCCUCUCCUCACCAGCUGGACUCUGACCCCCUGACCUCCCACUCUCUCAGCCUGAAGCAGGAUCAGCGGCGGCCGGAGAAGGGCCAGCUCCCGGCGCUGCAGCCGCAGACGCUCACCUCCACCCCGUAUAAGAGUGUCUUCUCGCCCAACACGCUCUCCAACCGUAAUGGCAGCUUGUCUUAUGACAGCCUGCUCAACCCCAGCAUCUCCCCAGCCACUGCCAGCGAGUGCAUGGCCCAUCGUGGUAUUCCCUCCACGGGGUUCCACUCGCCGUACCUGCCCACCAAAAUGUGCCACAUCCGGGAACCUGAAGUGCAGAGGCACCAGGUCACCUCCACCUACAGUCCAGUGAUGCAACCCAGGGGGAUGGGCAGGCAAUCCCCUCACCUACGGGAAAGGGACCCAUCCCCGGUGCGCUACGACAACCUCUCCCAGACCAUCAUGGCCUCCAUCCAGGAGCGAAAGGAGAUUGAAGAGAGGGAGAAGCGGCAGAUGCUGCACGGGCGCUCCCAGACCCAUAUCUAUGCCCAGGACUCUGGUAUGUUUGAUGGUGGUUAUGGCUUACCCCCCAAUGCUUGCUACCCAGAAGGGCCUCGCAGUACCGUCUCCAGAGGCCCAACACCCCCGGCCUAUGGAGGCUCCAGGGACAACCUGAUGGGGGUCGGGCUGGUGAGCUAUGGGCAACGAACCCCUGCGUUGCGCCAUGCCGGGUCCACGCUGGGCCGUGCCCCCAGGACUUCAUCCACCUCCCUGCACACAGAUCACAGUAGCAGCCAGAGCAGGGCCGCCUGCCCUGAGGGCCUCUAUCGUUCCCCCGCCCACCAGCCCCACUCCCCUGCUAUGCCCCGAUCCCCCUCCUACUCCCAUCAAAAACUCUCCUACAUCAGUGCCCUAGAGAGGACAGACUCACCUCGUCUGGGGGGCCCAAGAGAGGCCAUGAAAGUGAACGGGCAGAUGGACUGCCACCCCAGUGCCCAGGGUUCCACCCUCAGCCCGAGUCGCCACAGUAACGUCAAAAAGGUGACGGGUGUCGGAGGCACCACCUAUGAGAUAUCAGUGUGAGCAGGGACGCCGCAUCCACCUCCAACGACCACCCUGCUGCAAAGAGAUUCUCUCCUCUCUGUUAUUUUAGUGAAGUCUAGAGAACAGGGGCACAAAGCACUCCCUGUUUUUGGAGUUAUUGUCCAAUCAGAGGAUCUGCUCUGUCCGCCCUUGUCUGGUUCUGUCUAGCCAGAUGCCCGUGUGUGUUCGUACCAGAGGGAGUGUCAGUUGCAGAGGCUGUAUGUGUGAGGAGUGUCUUGUCGUUAACAUAAUGUUGGUUGUAAGAGUGGACCGUUAAUGUUAUUACCGUUCUCUCCCAGCUGUGUGGUCGUGAAGCGAAUGUUGUUCCGAACGUCACACACACUUUGCUCCAGCGAGCGCUGAAGGCCAAACUAAAAAAGAUCAUCGGACCUCUGUGAGAAAUCUAAUGUCCUUUCAGAGUCACCUCCAGAAGUCAAGGUGCUUCUCAUUCAUAUCAUCUGGAGUCGCACAGCUUUGAGAAGUGCCGGAGGACCGAUCAGCUCGAUCAGCUCGAUCAGCAAACAACUGCAUUUGCAACACGAGAAGAAGCUGGAAGAAGUGGUGAAAGUCCGACUGUGUCAUGUCUGGUGGUUGCGUUCUAGAUUCAUUGAGAAAAGCUUUCAACGUAAAACGAGCUUAAAUUCCUUCUUUGUCAAAAAGAAAAGUCUCAGGAUUGAAUGCAACCAGCAGAGAUGUUAACUCAUACAUCAUGAAUGGCUCCUUCGUCUCAUAUUAUCAGGGCUUGAGUUUAGCCCCCUUUAUUCCCUUCCUGAAGGUGCAGAACAUCGUCAUAGGUUUGUUGGUUUGCAGUGAAGUGAAGGUGACGCAGGGCAGAUACACUAAUGUUCUGAAGGAUCAGAGUACCUCACCCCGAGAGAAUGAGUCCAGCACAACCAAAACAACUCGUUUAUUUUGUGUGUUUAUAAUCCUAGGAAUGGAAAGGUGUCGAGAAACAAGCCAUUGUCCCAUGUAGUGAAAUGAUUACUGGUCGCCCAUUCAUUAUUUUGUAGUUUGUUUCAUUUUUAUAUAGCCAACCUUUCAAAAGCUGUGUUUGAUACAUAUUUUUUUAUACUAAUAACUAAGCCUUUACUUUACUUUGAGUUGUUUUUGUUGAUAAAUUAUAAAUUGAGUAAAUAAAUGGUCAUAAUGGGUCAAAUCCAAACAAAGGAAAUAUAGCUUGUUCUGCGUUGCCGUGUAAAAAGUAUGAUGCAAUGUAAUUACAAGGUGUGUGAUGUGAGGAAGGGGAAAUAUUAAAGUCACAUGACCCCCGAUGUGUGCUUGUACACAAGUCAAGGAUUUCAGUGCCAAAGUGGCCACACACCCCGUUAGCUUCUCAGAAAUGGUGAAUGGGUGACAUCACGAAGACUGUAAAUGUCAAAUCCAUCAGUUUGCAGCAGCUGUCUGGCACAGCUCCAGUAUCGCCUGCCACUCGGAGAUGCAACACAUUCUUUGUUUGCUGUUAAUUGAAGACCAUUAAAAUGAACUGAUGAUA